AUGGUUACACGUGGUGAAUCAUACACCCAGCGCCUGUAUGCCAGCUCGUUUAGCGAGCAGUUCAAAGUCCAGACCCAGCAGCAGCCCUCCUCUUCUGGACUUGGAGAAUGUCCAGGUAACCAAGUUCCGGCUGGCCCACAGGCUCCUUAUGAUGCCAGAGCAUCUCUUCUGCUGAAUACGGGUCAUAACGACGAUCCUCAAACUGCUUCAGCCCUUGAUUUCUACUAUGGUACUGUUUCAAAACUUGAUCUUGAGUCACCGGUACCUGACCCAGGCACCAAUUCCCCAGGAGCUCCACACCCCCAGUCAGCCAUAGGUUCCACUCCAAGUAUGGCCCAUUCCUCAGUUCACAUUCAGGCAGCCCACGGCCUGCAAUCAUCCACUAGGCGUAGCCCAGUUACAGUGGAUAUUUCCGACGGGCCUCCGCCAUCACCAGCUGCUGAUCCCCGAUGGUCAAGUCAGGUGGGGUUGCACAGUAGGAGCCUAUCCAGUACAAUACAUGUGAUGCCAGGCAGGUCGACAUCAUCAGACCUCCCUCUGCGGCCUGAGAGCGUAAAAAAUAUUAUGGCUUCACCUGUUCCACCAGAGACAUCCCCAAGGGUGUUUAGCCCAUACUCGGAGGAUUAUCCAACAGGUCCAGCUUACGUGGCUGUGACUACUUCUACCAUUGAGUCCAUGACUCCACCUAGUGAUCCCUUGCCUGCACCUACACAGAUUGAGAGCCUUGAUGUCGGUGGUUCCGAAGAAGUACCGUUAUAUUCCCUCAUUGACGAGGAACCUCCUCCCCCAGACUUCGACGAGUCGCAAUCCAUGCGCGGCAUGACCAAGGCGAGCAUGUAUUAUGCUGAAUCGCCCAUAGUGCUAGCACCUCCUGAUGUGCCCUCACCACACGGGUCCGAUGCUGUAUCUGGGGCCAUACCUUCAUCAAGUGCAAAUACUCCUUCAUUCAUUGGGGCUCCUCACACACUUUCUCCAGCACCACUUUUGGGAUCUCCGCGAAUGUCGCUGGCUAUGCCAGACGUAAUGUCAUACCCUAUGGGAAUAGUACUGGAGGAUGUUAAGGAGAACUUGUAUGGUUACUUUGUAAAGGACUUGAUGCCUGACAAGUCAUUAUCGCACCCAUCCAUGGAGGCUUCAUCGUCAUCUCGCACACAAUUCCGACAGGUAGUUUCAGACAGGCAACCUAGGUAUAACACCAUUCCUCAGGACAUACCACAUCCUCCUAUUUCUCUAGCAGUCUCUCUAUGCAAUGACGCCUCUGCGGAGGCAUUUUCUACAGCACCAUUGCCUGCUCUUCCACUGAGGCGUCCUGUAGCUGCUUCACCAGCACCCAUCACAACAGCACCAUUACCUACUCUUCCACUGAGACAUCCUGGAACUUCUACACCAGCAUCCAUCACAGCAGCACCAUUGCGUGCUCUUUCACCGAGGCAUCCUGUACCUUCUACAGCAGCACCCAUCACAGCAGCACCAUUGCCUGCUCCUCCACCAAGGCAUCCUGCUCUUCCGUCGAGGCAUCCUGUAGCGUCUACACCAGUGCCUGUCGUAACUUUCACACCUUCACCCACGAUGCCUGCGCGUCCCCAUACAUUAAACCCAAGGUCAUCACAUAUGAAUCCGGGCAACUUUAGACCAGCAACUUCCUCGCCUCUUCGACCCAGUAGCAGCCACCAACCAACACGCCUACCUCUUACUCCUGGAGUCAGGAGAGGGUUUACAUUCCCUCCUUCAUCAGCGGGUACUGUAGCUUCUACACCAGCACCCGUCACAGCUUUCACAGCUUCACCUGCGAUGCUUGCACAUCCUCAUACAUUAAACCCAAGGCAUCCGGUCAACUUUGGAGCAACUUCCUUGCCUUCUCAACCUGGUAGCAGCCACCAACCAAUGCACCUACCUCUUCCUCCCAGAGUCAGGGCAGGACCCACAUUCCCUCCUUCCUCAGCGGGUACUGUAGCUUCUACAUCAGCGCCCGUCACAGCUUUCACAGCUUCACCCGCAAUGCCUGCACGUCCUCAUACAUUAAACCCAAGGCAUCCGGUCAACUUUAGACCAGCAACUUCCUUGCCUCUUCGACCCAGUAGCAGCCACCAGCCAAUGCACCUACCUCUUCCUCCUAGAGUCAGGGCGGUGUAG